AACGUAUAAACUAAAAUAGAGGUUAUGUUUAUUUUCAAAUGUAACUUCAAAAUUUUGAAAAUUGUUUGUUGAAUAAACAAAUUUCACUGUUUGAAUACAAGUCAUUUAUGACUUGUAAUGUUCAAGCAAUAUUUCAAAUACUAUAAAUCAAGAAAUCCUGCCCCUGAUCUACGUAGUGUUAUAGAUUUGGAAAAAGCUGGUUGUGAAAAAUCUGUACGCAAAGUACCUUUACCUGCUGAAAGCCCAUUUCCAUCAAUUUGGGGAUUGAAGCCAUCUACUGAUUGGCAAGUUUGGGAAAUAGUAGAUAAGCCAGGGUUGAUAAUUAUCAGAAAUCCUUUUACAUCAAUUGGUCAAAGGUUUUGGGUGGUUCAAUGUUUGAGAGACUAUUCAAAAAAGCCAAACAAAAGCAACAUAGAUGGACUGAUAGAUCUUGAUGGCUGAAGGUCUUCAUUGGACAAUGAAUCCAGUCGACGAGUUUGCUGAUCAUAAUAACAGUAUGUUCCAGAAGGGUCAGAUACAUCAAUGAAAAGGAGAAGCAUGUCUGACGGAACAUCAGAUCACGAUACUGAUGAUGAGCAUUUUGAAUUUCACAAGAGACAUUCGUCUGAGUGUGAAUGCAACCCCUCUUGUAGCAAAGAUUUUGACGGAAAUGACCCACCCUGUAGUGAAGACGAUUCAGAUGGAUGUGAGCCUAGCACGAGGCCGUCAUCAGAUGAUGAAUACCACCCAUCUUCUGGCGAGGAGGAUUCUGAUGAAUACGAGCCUGGCAGUUGGGGCUCAAAAAGGUUAGGACCAGCUACCAAAAAGAGAAGGGUGUCCGGUGAAUCAUCAGACCGCAUAAUUGAUGAUGGAGACAUGGAGGUUUAUAGUGCGAGAAUGGCUGCUUACUAUGAACUUAAACAGAGUGCUGUGAUGAACGAUGGCGAUGGCUACAGCGAUAAUGAUGAUGUGUUAGUUAUGGAUGAUUUUAAAAUGCCAGCCAACACUUGGUCAAAGUUGUAUCCCUACCAACAAAAGGGUGUCAAGUGGCUGUAUAAGUUGCACAAAAGGCAAACUGGCGGUAUAUUAGGGGAUGAAAUGGGCCUUGGGAAGACGGUGCAAGUAAUCGCAUUCCUUAUUGGAUUAAACUAUAGUAAACUCAAAUCUACAUAUAGAUGGUUAGGCCUUGGUCCUUCCAUAAUUGUAUGCCCCACAACUGUCAUGCAUCAGUGGGUCAGACAUUUCCAUGAAUGGGCACCAGAACUUAGAGUUGGUCUUCUUCAUUCGUCUACCUCAUACAAAGGAAAAAUGUCAGAUUUUGUGCAAGAGAUGAACAAGUGCGGUGGCAUCCUCAUCAUGUCAUACCAAGGUCUAUGCAAAUACGAAAAUAUUUUUCACAAACACAAAUGCCACUAUGUCAUUCUCGAUGAAGGUCAUAAGGUGCGAACACCUACAGCCAGGAUGACGAUAGCUGCUAAGCAGUUCAAAACCGAUCAUCGCAUUUUGCUAUCGGGCAGUCCGAUGCAAAACAAUCUAAUAGAACUUUGGAGUUUGUUCGAUUUCACCAACCCUGGUCUGCUGGGUACAUUAAAAAUAUUCGAAGAACAUUUCUCCAAGCCAAUUAUGCGAGGCGGAUACGAAAACGCAUCACAUGUUCAAAAGGAAACUAGCAAGGCGAUGGCAGUCACGUUGAAUGACUUGAUUAAGCCUUUUUUACUGCGAAGGACUAAGAAAGAAGUGCAAAACGACAUAUGUCUGCCUCAGAAGUGUGAACAGGUGCUGUUCUGUGCUCUAUCAGAAGAACAAAAAACAUUGUACAAAGAUUUCCUUCGCAGUGACCGGGUUGAGAAGGUCUUAGAAAAAAGAAAAAACUGGUUUUCAGAUGCAAUGACUAGAGCGAAUGCUCUGAUCGCCAUCAAGCUGCUUAGAGAUAUAUGCAACCAUCCUGAUAUUUAUUUGAGGAUAGAAGAUGACACUGACGAACCGGCCGACAUAAAAGACAGAUUUGACUAUAAAAGAUCCGGUAAGAUGGCAGUAGUUUCAACCUUGCUGCGGAUCUGGAAACAGCAACGGCAUAGGGUGCUUUUAUUUGUACAGGGGUUGAAAACAUUGCAGCUACUCCAAUAUUUUUUGAUACAGCAUGACUACAGUCAUCUAAAGAUGGACGGUUCAACAUCUGUUGCGACUAGACAGUCUUUGAUAGAUCGUUUCAAUAAUGACUCCAAAUACUUCGUGUUCCUGCUCACCACUAGAGUAGGGGGGUUGGGAAUAAAUUUAACAGGGGCAAAUAGGGUAAUCAUAUUCGAUCCUGACUGGAAUCCGGCUACAGACUCGCAAGCUAGAGAAAGAGCAUGGAGAAUUGGCCAAUCCAAAGACGUGACUAUUUAUCGACUUCUUUCAGUUGGCACAAUCGAAGAAAAAAUAUAUCAGCGUCAGAUUUUCAAGCAAAUGCUGGGAAACAGGGUGCUUGUCAACCCGAGAGUCGACAAACAGUUUUUCCGAACGUCUGACUUGUUCGACUUAUUUUCCUAUAAUGAGACUGAGAUAGACCCUGAGACAGCCAAUAUAUUUGACAAAGCCAAAUGCGUUAAAGGAGUCAUCAAAUCUUGCAAAGAAGACGAUUACAGCAAGAUAUUCUCUGAAGAAAAGAUAGAAGAGAUGAGAGAGAAGGCUCGUCAGAUAGCCGCUCAGAAUUUCCCUCAGGAAAAGCCAACCGCGUACCAAAAAGAAGUGGCUGAAGAAAGGGCAGAAAAACUUCAAGAAAAAGAGAAACUAAAAGCACUGUCUGCUCCAGAUUUGGUUAAAUUAAAUCGAGAGAAAGCCAAGGCCAAAGAGGAUCCAUCUAUAAACAGGGUAGAUGACAAAGUAACUCCUGCAAGCUUUGGGGAGGCGCUCCGGUAUGCUGAAGCCACCUCGCAGUUACACACUGAGCUUGUACAGGGAAAGAAAACACCGGACGUCGUGGCUGAGAAAAGCAGAGAAUUAAAGUUGAAAGUAAAAAUGAAAGAAACAUACACCGAAUCUUUCAGGAAGUAUAUGAAGCCGGAUAAAAAGAAACUUACCAGGAAGAAAACUGGCGAGAAAGACUGUAAAGUGUAUGUAGACAAUUCGGGAGCAGUGGAUGAAGUGAAAGUCGAGGGUUUGGUGAAGACCGAGAUAAAGAUCAGAAAGAAGCGAAAAGCUGGACCGACUGAGUCACAAGAAGAUUACGUUUUGAGGAAGCUUUUGAGGAAAACGAGCGUCUCUGCAGUUUUGGAGCACGAAAGCGUGGUGCACGGCACCUCGACUAGUACGUUAAGACUUCAACUUGAAGCAGAGGAAAGCGCUAAGAAGUCGAUGGAAGCUCUCAGGAGGGCUAGAUUAGAUAACUCUAAGUGGUCGAUUUGAUAUUUUCAUUACAUUGAAUUGAAUUGAAUUGGGGAAUGCUAUAAGUGCCUUGAUUGGCCUGCAGUGGUAAUAGAGUCCCCAAACGUUUUGUUGUGAAAGAUUAAAAAAAAUAUUGACAGACUUGGGGUAACAAAGUCCUCUAAAAUCCACCAACAAGUGCCAAAACCUGCGUUUUGUCUCGUUUUUCGGCCAUAACAUUUUUGUUAUCAGUCGGAUUUUUUUUGUAGGACCCAUAAAUACCUGAAAAUCUUAUAAGAAAAGUUUUUUCGUUCCUGUCAUCACUUUCGAUUGAAUCCCAAAAAACACGUUUUCUCAUUAUUUGUUGUCGAAUAAAAAGUUUGCUCACAAAAA